AAUGGCGUAUAUUUUUUUGAAAAAUUUAAUUAUAUCAUUUAUAAUUUGCACUUUACUUGUUAUAAAAAAUGGUAGAACAUACACAGUUCCAGCACCAAUAAUAGAAAUAUUGAGACCUAAAGGUUUUCGAAUAUCUAUACCGGAUGAGCCUGGUAUAACUUUCUGCGCAUUUCAUUUCAAAAUUAGGUCUAAUGAAUACACCUCAAUGACAACGGUUGGAGUUAAUGACGAAAGUUGGAUAUUCGAGAAUAGAUUGGAAGUUAUCGAUCUUGGUCAAGGCAUUAUAUAUAAAAUUGAUGUAAUGUAUAAUAACAAUCUUUACAGUAUAGAACGCUAUAUCCAAAUUCCCUUUUCGUUAAAUAAAAAUUUUACGUAUUUACGUUCAGAUGACGAAAAAAUAGAUAUGCGCAGAAGUGGAUUUCGAAUAUCCUAUCCCGUUAAUCCUGAUUUGACUUUUUUGGAGCUAACUGGUUUAAUCUAUAAUGAUUUUAAUUUGGAUUAUAUUUUUAAUAUUCCUAUUAUAUCUGGUAAAAUUUCGAAUGAAACAAUUGUUUAUGAGAUUAAAACACCCAAAAACAAAUAUUAUUCGUUGUGCUUUUAUACAUUACACUAUUGGAUAAGAGUAUUUUAUAAAGACUUUGAAUAUCGAAUUCACAAUAGUGUUCACUAUUUUUGUGUAAAUAAAAUUUUGACGUUGGAACCUAAAGUAGAAAUAUUAAUGCCAAGAGGUUUUCGUGUCCUUAUCCCAGAUGAAGGUGGUAAAUUUAUAUUCGGACUACGAGGUGUAAUUCAUAAGGGUUAUAAACGCAUUGAACCUGUAGAAUUUACACUCGUGAGCAAUAAAGAGAAAGUAGUCUUUGAAAAUCUUAGGCAACUGAUCAGUCCUGGAAGUACGCUUACAUACACAAUCUUUGUAGAAUAUAAUAAAAGCUCAAUCUACGAACAAGGCAGUUUAUUUCUUUCUUAUGAAACUAAUACGACCGAGAUGUUUUUGAAAAAUGAUUUUGAAAGGAUUUUUAUUAAUAAAAAUUACACAGCUCCAAUACCUAUAUUGGAAUCAGUAACUUCCAGGGGCUUUAAACUAUAUUUUGCAGAUGACCUUGGUAUGAGAAGCAUAAAUUUUCGUGGCAAAAUUAACCAAAAUAUAAAAAAGCAUACAAAAGCCGAUUUUCAUUUUACUAUAACAAGAAAUGAAUCAGUGGAUGGGAGGUGGAGUUAUGAAUAUUCAAAAAAAACUUUGAAUCCUGGGGACCGCUUAUAUUAUCAUCUUAAAAUUACAUAUGACAAUCCAAAUCCAAUUACAUUCCGGAACAGCAUUUUUAUUCCGUUUAAAACUGGAAAUAAAAAAUAUAUUUUGCCAAUUAAAACGAUAAAUACUACAACGCAUGCUUCGUUAAGUUCGAGACUUGAAACAAUUUAUGAGUCGGCUAAAAAUGAAAUUAAUAUUUCUGAAAUUACUAGUGAGGAAGAAAAUUGCGUGAUGUCAGUGACAACUGUAAAUGGUCGUCAAGUUUGCAGUCGUCAACUGAUUUUUGAAGAAAAGUUUGAUAAAUUAGUUUGGAAAAAAUGGCAACGUGUUAUUCAAAUCGGAUCGGACAGCGGUGAUGCUGAAUUUGUGUCUUUCCAAGAUUAUCCGGAAAAUAGUUUUGUAUCUCGCGGAUAUCUGCACAUAAUUCCAAAGUUGCUAAUGUUCAUAGGCGAUUAUAUUUAUGAAACUAUUCGGACAGGUUUAUUGGAUUUUAAAGAGAACUGUACGUCAAAUGUCAAUGACGGUACUACGUGCAAACGACAAGCCCGUUUUUCUACAAUACUACCACCAGUUGUCUCUGCAAAAUUCAAUACAAAACAUUUUUUUUCAUUUCGAUAUGGUAAGGUUGAAAUAAGAGCAAAAGUGCCCAAAGGAGAUUGGCUGUUUUCAGUUGGUGUUUUGAUAGAACUACUUCUCCAGCCAACUGAUAAUUAUUACGGAAUUGAAAAUUAUGCAUCCGGCCAACUAAGAAUGGCUUUCGUUAGAGGAAAUACGGCUUUAAUCGAUGCAAACGGCACAGAUAUUAGCGGUCAAAAAGUAUAUGGUGGCGCCGUUUUAGCUGUUGGAGAAUUAUUAAGAGAAAUGUGGUUGAAAAAUACAACAAUAGAUGAACAUUUUGGUAAUCGAUUUCAUAACUUCACUUUGAUGUGGAAAGAGGAUUCUAUAACUACAAUGGUUGACGGAGACGUUUAUUCAGAAUUAUAUCAACAACAUUUUGAAAAUUUAUACGAACGUUAUAAUUUAAAAUAUGCGAAAACUUGGGGAUCUAAUACUAAUAUGGCACCUUUUGACAAAGAAUUUUAUAUAGAAUUAGGGUUAUCUGCUGGUGGAAUGUCAGAUUUUCCAGAUGAGUGUUAUUCUGGUGUAUUCAGAGAUAAGUUAAAACCUUGGAAAAAUUUUGAUCCUAAAGCCGAACUAAACUUUUUUACAAAGAUAGAUGAUUGGUAUGAUAGUUGGCGAUAUCAAAAACCUGAAAUGCUGAUUGAUCAUGUCAAAGUUUGGUCACUUUAAACAAUGACUAUAAAAUACCUAAGUAUCUUCCUUUGAUAUUAUCUAACUUAUUAAAAUAUAUAUGUAUACAGCUAAAAUAAAACAAAUAUGAAAGAGCAAAAUAGAUUUAGA